ACCGAAGAUCACUAGUACUAAUUUCAAGGCUCAAAAACGAAAAGGGAGAAAAGAAGAAGACGAGUUCAACACAAUUAUAAGCGAAAAAUGGCGCUGCAAUGGAUGAUUCUGGCCUACGUAGUGGCAGCUGAGGCAGCGAUCGCGGUUAUCCUCACGCUACCGGCGCCCAAAGCGAUACAGUCGCGAAUUUCAUCGCUGAUAUCGCGUAUUGUGCAGCCAUCGCUAUUCAUCGUACCCUUCUCCGCCUUUCAGCUCCUAGAUAUAUACUGGAAGAGUGAGCAUCGGCUGAAAUGUAGUGGCGAGACCUGCACAGCGGCUGAGAGGAGUCGUUAUGAGAGAGCGGUUUGUUCCCUGUGGAGUGUGGACCUUGAGUUGAAGAAGUAUCUGUUUGUUCAAAAAUCUAUUUCUGACCGUAUGCCUGAUUCAAUAGAUCGCAUUAAGUGACCAAAGUGGCUGUGAGAAACACUGGGGUAGGGGUGAAUAGUGAAACAUGAAAUUCUUACAGCUUAAUGGAUGUAUGAAGCUGAUAGUGACGGUAGCAACAAAUUUGGGUGUAUCACUUCGGUAAUACGAACAUAAUGUGCGAUGGAUGGCUGCUCAGGGCUCGCUGAAUAAGUCUUAUUUUGCAGCCGAUAGUAGUAAUUAAAUCUAUAAUAACUUAUCAGAGUGUCCUAAAUAUUUAAGAUUCUUUUGCGCAUGUAGGAUAGUAUCGAUAUUGGGUUAGAGGUGAAGGUCAUAUGCUGUUGAGCCAGCUUUUUCGUCUCUGCUGGGCACGAGGAAUUCUUGUUGUUAUGUUAAAGAGUGAUUAUGUUUAUCACCAUUUGCUGUUUGCUUAAUUUUAUAUGUCAUUCACUCUAUCAAAUCAAAUGCCUAAUUAUCUUUUUUUAUUAUGCUUCAAAA